GUGAGAUGUGAAAGUGAAACCAUCUUAUCAGGAUCCAUUUUGUGUUGUAAGGACGUAAACGACAUUCAGAGAGAAAACACAGUGAGUAUCUUCAUUUCUACUUUACUGAUUCAUAGAUUUCAUUUUCAAGUCAUUACUGUGUAUUAACUGUUGAGACAGAGAGAGAUUUCUGAGAUGAUACAAAACUCACUGUGUGCUUCAGUAUCUGCAUCUGCUUUUAGAUGAUAGCAUGAACUUCACAAUGAAUCUCUCUGAAGAACACACAGACACAAAAACAAACCAGAGUUUUACCUGAACACAGUAAUGUGUCUCUGAUGAGAAGACAAACAAUGAAUCCUCAACAUGAGGAAAACUCUUCUGCUGAGCUCAGUUCGUGUCAGAAAGAAUCGUCUGAACCCAGCUGUGUGUCCAUGAAGAGUGACUGGUCAAUGCCUCUUCCAAUAAAUUUCAGUUUGGGAGACUCUUCUGCUGAUCUGAGUAAAAAAAGAGAUCAAACUGAAUCACAGAUUAUAAAGGAGAGCCUGGACUCUAUUUUUAAGGAAGUUGAGCAGAAAAUAAUCUCUGUAAUGAAGAAUGAGUUGAACAGUUUUAAGAGACUGUUGAGUCCAGAUUACCCAGAAUGCACUGAGAGAGAGGAUGAUGAUGAUAAAAGUCAUAUCAGAGUCAGAGAGGCGUUUCUGAAGAUCACACUGCACAUCCUGAGGAAGAUGAAGCAGAAAAACCUUGCAAACACAUUACAGACCAAACUGAUGCCUGUGUAUCAACAAAAACACAAAUCCAGACUAAAGGAGAAAUAUCUGAGAGUUAAUGAAGGGAUCUUCAGACACGGUGACUCAACAGAUUUAAAUGAGAUCUACACAGAGCUUUACAUCACAGAGGGAGGGAGUGGAGAGAUCAAUAAUGAACAUGAGGUGAGACAGAUUGAGGCAUCGUCCAGAAGAUCAGAGACACAGGAGAGACAAAUCAAAUGUAAUGACAUCUUUAAAACUUUACCUGGACAACACAAACACAUCAGAAGUGUGCUGACUAAAGGAGUCGCUGGAAUUGGAAAAACCGUCUCUGUACAGAAGUUCAUUCUGGACUGGACUGAAGGAAAAGAAAAUCAGGACGUUCACUUCAUAUUUCCACUUCCUUUCAGAGAACUGAAUUUGAUCAAGAAGAAUCUGAGUCUUAUGGAUCUUGUCAAUCACUUUUACACAGGAACAAAUGAACUGACAUCAACACAUUAUGAUGUCUAUAAAGUCAUGUUUAUAUUUGAUGGGCUGGAUGAAUGUCGACUACAUCUAAAUUUCCAUAACAAUCCGAGUUUGUCUGAUGUAACAGAAUCGGCUUCAGUUGAUGUGCUGCUGACAAACCUCAUCAAAGGAAAUCUGCUUCCUUCUGCUCUGAUCUGGAUAACCUCACGACCAGCAGCAGCCAAUCAGAUUCCUCCUGAAUGUGUCGAUCAAAUCACAGAGGUACGAGGAUUCAAUGACCCACAGAAGGAAGAAUAUUUCAGGAAGAGAAUAAAUGAUCAGAGUCUGUCUGAUAAAAUCAUCACACACAUCCGAUCAUCAAGAAGUUUGUACAUCAUGUGUCACAUCCCAGUCUUCUGUUGGAUUACAGCCACUGUUCUAGAGAGAAUGUUGAGUGAAGCAGAGACUGAAGAGAUCCCCAAGACUCUUACACAAAUGUUCACACACUUCCUGAUCUUUCAGACAAAACUGAAGACCCAAAAGUAUGAUGGGAAAUAUGAAAUAAAUCCUGAUCAGGCUAGAAAGAGCAUUUUCUCACUAGGAAAGUUGGCUUAUGAGCAGCUGGAGAAAGGGAAUCUGAUCUUCUAUGAGGAGGAUCUGAGAGAUUGUGGUAUUGAUGUGAAAGAAGUGUCCGUGUAUUCAGGAGUUUGUACUCAGAUCUUCAGAGAGGAGCCUGGACUUCAUCUGGGGAAAGUGUUCAGCUUUAUACAUCUGAGCAUUCAGGAGUUUCUAGCUGCUUUAUUUAAGAUGAUUUCAUUAUCUGAACAAAACACAGGACUAUGGAAAAUGUUCAGGUCAACUAUGACUGAUUCACUGAAGCAAGAAGUGGACAAGGCCUUACAGAGUGAAAACGGACACUGGGAUCUUUUCCUUCGAUUUCUUCUGGGUCUCACACUGAAGUCUAAUCAAACUCUCUUACAAGAUCUCACGAGAGAGACAGUAAGCAGCUCUCACAGCAGUCAGGAAACAGUUGCUUACAUUAAAGAGAAGAUCAGAGAGAAUCAAUCUCCAGAGAAAUCCAUCAAUCUGUUUCACUGUCUGAAUGAACUGAAUGAUCAAUCUCUAGUGCAGGAAGUCCAAACAUUCGUGAACAGAACCGGUGCGAGUCGUCUCUCUGAAGUCAAACUGUCUCCUGCUCAGUGGUCGGCUCUGGUGUUUGUGUUACUGAACUCAGAAGAGGAGCUGGAUGAGUUUAAAUUGAGUAAAUAUGAUCCAUCAGAAGAAUGUCUACUGAGACUCCUGCCAGUGGUCAAAGCAUCCAGAAAAGCUGAGCUGAAUGGCUGCAGUAUUACAGAUGAAGGUUUUGUUGCUUUGGCUUCAGCUCUGAGAUCAAACCCCUCACAUCUGAGAGAUCUGAAUCUGAGCCAUAAUAAACCAGGAGAUUUAGGAGUGAAGCUGCUCUCUGAUGUACUGAAGGAUUCACGCUGUAAACUGGAGAAACUACAUCUUUCCAGUUGUGGUGUUACGGAUGAAGGUUGUGUAGCUUUGGCUUCAGCUCUGAGAUCAAACCCCUCACAUCUGAGAGAUCUGAAUCUGAGCCGUAAUAAACCAGGAGAUUCAGGAGUGAAGCUGCUCUCUGAUGUACUGAAGGAUUCACGCUGUAAACUGGAGAAACUACAGCUGUGGGACUGCAGUAUUACAGAUGAAGGUUUUGUUGCUUUGGCUUCAGCUCUGAGAUCAAACCCCUCACAUCUGAGAGAUCUGAAUCUGAGCUGUAAUAAUCCAGGAGAUUCAGGAGUGAAGCUGCUCUCUGAUGUACUGAAGGAUUCACGCUGUAAACUGGAGAAAUUACAGCUGUGGGACUGCAGUAAUACAGAUGAAGGUUUUGUUGCUUUGGCUUCAGCUCUGAGAUCAAACCCCUCACAUCUGAGAGAUCUGAAUCUGAGCCGUAAUAAACCAGGAGAUUCAGGAGUGAAGCUGCUCUCUGAUGUACUGAAGGAUUCACGCUGUAAACUGGAGAAACUACAGCUGUGUUACUGCAGUAUUACAGAUGAAGGUUUUGUUGCUUUGGCUUCAGCUCUGAGAUCAAACCCCUCACAUCUGAGAGAUCUGAAUCUGAACUAUAAUAAACCAGGAGAUUCAGGAGUGAAGCUGCUCUCUGAUGUACUGAAGGAUUCACGCUGUAAACUGGAGAAACUACAGCUUUCCAGUUGUGGUAUUACAGAAGAAGGUUUUGAUGCUUUGGCUUCAGCUCUGAGAUCAAACCCCUCACAUCUGAGAUAUCUGGAUCUGAUGAAAAAUAAACCAGGAUAUUCAGGAAAGAAGCUGCUCUCUGAUCUAAAAAUGGAUCCAAAGUGUAAACUGGAGAUAUUAUAUAUUUGACUUCUAUCACUCAAUGGUGAAAACUUCAAGACCUUCAGCUGGUGAAUCAAAAUAUCUGUUGUGUGUCCUGAACAACACGAUUAGCUGAACAAACACAUUUAUAUGAAUCCAUUUACAAGCCAAAGACUUCUGUUAUAUGAACAUAGAUAAAAAUUUACUAAAAUAUGAAUCUACUGUAUGUGCUGUCAGAGUCUUACCCUAAUUUGUUGUUGGUUUUCUCCUCAACUUUUUUGUUAAUUAAUAAUUAAUAGACGUUGCGUCAUCACGGUGCGCGGCACGGCUGCAAACUUAAAGCAUGUUUUAGUUACACUUUAUGGGAGGUGUUCAAUUAUGACUCCCUGGAUGAAAUGUCUACAGUGAUAGCACAUUACAUAGAUGUUUAUGUGCAGACAGUGAUAACCUCCAAGAAGAUAAAGACUUAUCUGAAUAACAAGAAAUAUAUAACCAAAGAUGUUAAACAGGUGAUGCAUUUGAGGAAAAGUGCCUUUAAGAAGAAGGAUACAAAACAAAAUAAGUGUUUGAUUAAGGAGUUAAAGGGAAAAUAUGUAUGGAAAGAAGGACAUACAGGCUAAAACUAGAAGAUGCCUUCAAAAGUAAUAAUACAAAGCAGGUCUGGACUAUGAAGGGAAUGACAGGAUUAUCAUUCAACCACACAGAAGCCAAUAGUUGUGGAUCAUGAGAGGACUUAGAUUUGAUAAAGGGAAAAUUCUGGAUAAGAGCAAGAGUUUUAUUAAUUCAGUUUCACUAGAGGGGUCAAGUAGGAUUGAGAUCACGGUUGAGCAUGUGAUGAGUUAAAAAAUUAAAUCAAAGGAAGGACACAGGACCAGACAAUCUCAGUGCAUUUGCUCUGAAAAAUGUUGCAGAUGAGCUUGCAUCUGUGUGACAGCUUAUUUUUCAGAGGUCUUUAGAUACUCACUGCAUUCCCAAAAUGUGAAAGAAAUCAAAUGUAAUACCUCUGCCAAAGAAAGCAGAACUAAGUGAUUUUCCCCCGUAGCUUUAACCACUAUUAUUAUGAAAACUUUAGGAGAGAUUGUGGUAAAAGUGUUUUUGAAGACAGUAAUUGGAACAUGUAUCAGUUUGCAUAGAAGAGAAAUCGCAGUACUGAAGAUGAAGUUGCAACAAUGCUACAACUGAUUUUAAAACACCUGGAUAAGCCCAAAACUACACAGUAGCUCGAGUCCUUUUUCUAGAUAUUACCUCUGCAUUUAAUACCAUACAACCAGAGCUUCUAUUGACAAAAAUGAUUCAAAAAUGUAAAUUAACCCGUAUCUGAUUGAUGAUUCAAUAUUAUUCCUCAUUCAUGAAAGGCAGAAUACAGAUGGUGAGAGUCAAUCGUAUGAAUUCAAAUUAUAUUGUCACUUAUUCAGGAGCACUUUUCUAUUUAUCUGAUAUACAGAUGAUUAUAAAACUGACAAUGCUAACAUAAAUACUGAAGUUUUCAGCUGUUACUGUGGUGUUGUCUUUAUUGAGGAUGACUCGUUUUCAUCAUUGUUGUAUGAAUAGACAAGUGGAAUGCUGUGAUAGGAAUCACUUAUAAUAAAUAAAGAGAAAGAAAGGAAGUUAUCUUUAAUUCUCAAGAGUUCAAGCAUCAAACACAAGUGAUUGUACAUGAUACUCUAACUGAAAUUGUGCCAUCUUAUAAAUGUUUGGGUGUGGACGCUACUUUAUCCUGGAGUGCACAUAUAGAGGAUCUCUGUGAAGUAAACAACCAUACCAUGACAAUGUGCUGCCAGAGCAAUGGAGAUAAAAUAUUAAUGUUGAAUUGUAAAUGUUUAUAUUCAGAUAUACGUUGUUUCUUUAGUUGAUUAGAUGUAAUAACUGUGAAUCAUUGUAACAUUUCUUUUAAUUGAUAUAAUUAUGUGUGGAUUUUUUUUAGAGGAAUGUCAGUAAAACCAAAAAUUUUGCCAAAGCUCUGUAAUCUUAUUUGUGUCAAAUUAAAAUUGUGCAUUUGA